AUGUCGCUCUUUCGGCAACUCAUGUCCAACAGCAAGACCCGCUCAUCGGGGGGAUGUUGGACAUGCAGAGUGAGACGCAAGAAGUGUGCAGAGAAUCGCCCAGAGUGUGAUACCUGCAAAGCUCUUGAAAUCACAUGCUAUUUCCAGGAUGAAAAACCAGAUUGGAUGGAUGGAGGACCCAAGCAGAGGGCGAUGGCUGAUAAGAUCAAGGCUGAAGUGAAGAAACAGGCCAGCCAGAGGAGAGACCGCAAAUAUCUGGAGAUGUUGGAAGCAGGGACUAAGAUGGUGAGCAUAAGCGACAAGGACGAUUCUUCAGCAAACGGCCGUCUUGGGAAGGACCCCAUGUCUGGUGCUUCAGAUACAGACCCGUCUCUUCGUGGCCACGGGACAGGCUCAUCACCCGAAUCAAGCAACACAAAUGGCACCUCUCCUCCAGAGGCUCCGUGGCACAGUCAAGUUUUUGUGCGUCAAGAGGAUAACGACAAUGCUCCGGAUACCGACCUGCACUUUUUAAUGAUAUAUCUCGACUACGUCUUCCCCUAUCUAUUUCCACAUUACCGACCACCUGUUCUGGCUGGCGGUCGUGGUUGGAUCUUGGAUGUUUUGCAAAGUAACAGAUCUGUCUACCACACUGCAGUCUCUCUGGCAAGCUCCUUCUUUGCCAUUGUUUUGGCAAAUGGUGAAAAGGAGCAUGAGCAAUGUACGAUGCGAAUGGUGCACCGACUUGAAAGCCAGCUCGAAUUGGGACUCAAAGAGCUGUCCAAAGAGAUGUGCUAUAUCAACGCCAGCAGGACCGGCUUUGACAAGCAGAAGGGCCUUAUAGUGAUGCAAAGUAUCAUUCAGAUGCUCUUUUUCGAGGUCGCAACAUCAAAGAAGGAGAAUUGGCGAAUGCAUCUUGACGCUGCGAUUGCUUUGUUCGUGCAGAUUCUGCCCAAGGCGGAUGACUGGAGAGUAACACUGCACGGCUUGUACAGCCCAAAAUGGCCACCGCCUGAAAUUGGCAUGAGACGACCGUGGAGCACUAACCAAGCAGCCUUGCGCUUCUUCACAGCAACCCUCCUCUACAUUGAUGUUUUGUCAAGUGUGACACUUGCGAGCGCACCGAGAUUGCACCAAUAUCACGACGUCAUCAUUCCCGCGUGCGAAGAAUUCCACAGAAGUAUCGAACCCGUCCCUGCUGGACCGUUAAGCAUGAAUGAGUUCUUUGGAUUGCCUAAUUGGAUAAUCCAACUUCUCGGCAACGUGGCCGCGUUGGAAUCUUGGAAACGUGUCCAGAAACAAAUGGGUUCCUUGUCAGCCAACGAGCUGGUGUCGCGGGGAAAGGUCCUUUCUGAUGGAAUUAAGACUGGCGUUGACAUUCUGGAGAAUCACCCAGAAUUGCGAAGCCCAACCCAAGGAGUGUUCCCUCUACUGGUGGCGGAUCCCGUGACGGGAUCUCACGCAGAGGAACAACCAAGGUUCCAGAUGAUUUGGCUACUCGCAACGCUGAGUUACCUGAAUGUGGUCGUGUCUGGAUGGCAGCCAUCGAGCCCUGAAAUUCGCUGGUCCGUUUCAAAAGCGACAGUAUUGCUAAGCUCGCUCCCAAAGGGAACUUGGUUACGAGCCUUGGCGUGGCCAAUGUGCGUUUGUGGUUGUCUUUCACCACCAGAGGAUGAAGACAAGUACCGUCAAAUAGCACAACGACUUGGUGCUCUGCAAAUAUUUGGUACGGUGAAGGAGGCUAUGGAGGUCAUGGAGAAGGUGUGGUUUAUGCGUGGGCAGAUUGACGAGUCUUGGGAUGUGGCACGCUGCAUGAAUAUCUUGGGCCACGGCAUCUUGUUGAUCUGA